AGGUGCUUGAGCUGGGAUUUAAUUUCUCAUCCUAUGGAUCACUAAGAGCAACAGAUGGCCUUGCCUCGUCUGACAGGCGCUUUACGCUCCUUUUCAAAUGUCACUAAACAUGAGGAUUGCAGUGAAGAAUUAGCUGACUUGACGACUAAAAGAUCAAAGCUACAUGAACAGUUGCUGAAGUCUGAUCUUACCUGGAAGAAGAUAAUAAAGUUUGUUGAUGACAAUUUGGACAAAAAAGAACACCAAACUGUAAAUGGUGAUUUAAAAACUAUAUUACAAGCUGCAAAACAAAUAGUUGGAGCUGAAAAUGGACAAGAAGCAAUUGAAAGCGGAGCUGUUUUUCUCUUUAAGACAUUUCACAGGAAAGAAUGUGUUGGCCAUGAUGAGACAAAGGCGAUCAAGCAGAUGUUUGGGCCAUUUCCAUCAUCAUCUGCUACUGCAGCUUGUACUGCCACAUGUCGGAUUGCUUCUCACUUCACUGAAGAACAGCUUACAGCUCUCAUGCAGAUGGCUGAAGAGCAAGAUGGUGAUAACAGAGUGUUCUUUGGUAAAAAUAUAGUGUUUUCCUUUGACAUGCAUGAUUUGGAUCAUUCUGAGGAGCUGCCUGUGAAUGGUGAGGCCGACGUGCAGAAAAUUAUAAGCUUAGAUUACAACAAAUACCUGAAUAACCAGCUGAAUCACUUACAGAAUUACUGUGAUGAGAAAUCUGAUAUCAAGUCCUUGCAAAAAGUAGACGAUUCUUUUUUGUGGUGUGAAGUUGGAAAGUAUCUGAAUGAAUCUCAAGGGGGUACCCCUGGAGGGCCAACCACAGAAGACCUCUGCUGUACUUUGUACGAGAUGCUUGCUUCUACCAAAAGUGAUGAUGAACUUCAAAAUGAGUUAUUUGAACUGCUAGGCCCUGAAGGUUUUGAACUCAUAGGGAAACUCCUACAGAACAGAACCCUGAUUCUGGAAAGAUCUUUGACUUGUCCAAAUGAUAACAGGUUCCAGACUCUGCAAGAGCAGUGCAAGAAGUUUAUAGGAGAAAAUGCUAAACCAAAUUAUGGUUGUCAAGUUACAAUUCAGUCUGAACAAGAAAGGCUGUUAAUGAAACAGUAUCGUCGUGAAGAAAAGCGAAAUGCCAGAAAAGAAAAACAGGCUGGGGAAGAUGGAGAAGUUUCUGGAGAAGGACUAAUGUGCUUUGAUCCCAAAGAGCUGAGGAUGCAAAGAGAACUAGCACUUUUGAAUGCUCGAAGUAUGCCAGUCCUAGGUAGACAGAGAGAGAUGGACUUUGAAAAAAUUCAUUAUCCUCAUGUUUAUGAUUCCCGAGCUGAAGCUAUGAGAACAUCAGCAUUCAUUGGGGGUGCAAAGGUCUUCUUACCAGAAGCAGUUCAGAGAGAAAACAAUAAAAUGUAUGAAGAGGUGAAGAUCCCCCAUAGUGAACCAAUGCCUAUUGGUAUUGAAGAGAAAAUUGUUUAUAUUAAAGACUUAGAUGAGAUUGGACAACUUGCUUUUAAAGGCACGAAAAGACUGAACCGAAUCCAGUCUAUAGUUUUUGAGACUGCCUACAAUACCAAUGAGAACAUGUUGAUUUGUGCCCCCACUGGAGCUGGCAAGACCAACAUUGCUAUGCUGACAGUCCUUCAUGAAAUUCGCCAGCAUGUCCAGCAUGGUGUUAUCAAAAAGGAUGAGUUUAAGAUUGUGUAUGUUGCUCCUAUGAAGGCUUUGGCAGCUGAAAUGACAAAUUACUUCAGCAAGAGGCUGGAACCACUAGGCAUUAUUGUGAAAGAGUUGACUGGGGAUAUGCAGCUGUCAAAAGGUGAAAUCCUGCGAACACAGAUGCUUGUAACUACUCCGGAGAAAUGGGAUGUAGUGACAAGAAAAAGUGUUGGUGAUGUAGCUCUCUCUCAGCUGGUAAAACUCUUGAUUCUUGAUGAAGUUCAUCUCUUGCAUGAAGACAGAGGACCAGUACUGGAAAGCAUAGUAGCAAGAACUUUACGUCAGGUUGAAUCUACACAAAGUAUGAUUAGGAUUUUGGGCCUUUCAGCUACCUUACCCAAUUAUCUUGAUGUUGCUACAUUUCUGCACGUCAAUCCCUACAUUGGACUAUUCUACUUCGAUGGCCGUUUCCGACCUGUACCACUGGGGCAAACCUUUAUAGGAAUUAAGACAACCAAUAAGGUGCAGCAGCUCAAUCAUAUGGAUGAAGUCUGUUAUGAAAAUGUGCUGAAGCAAAUAAUGGCUGGACACCAGGUGAUGGUGUUUGUUCAUGCUAGAAAUGCAACAGUACGGACUGCUAUGGCUCUUCGAGAAAAAGCAAAAAACAAUGGUCAUAUUUGUCACUUUUUGUCACCCCAAGGAUCAGAUUAUGGACAAGCUGAAAAACAGGUACAGAGAUCCAGAAAUAAGCAGUUACGUGAGCUGUUUUCUAUAAUCAAUCUAAAGUUGUGUCACAGGAGCAUAACCCUUACACAUGGUUUGUCUAAUGGACAUAUUAAAGUGCUAGUGUGUACAGCUACACUCGCCUGGGGUGUCAAUCUUCCUGCUCAUGCUGUUGUUAUUAAGGGAACACAAAUAUAUGCUGCAAAAAGAGGCUCCUUUGUUGACCUUGGAAUUUUAGAUGUCAUGCAGAUAUUUGGUCGAGCUGGACGGCCUCAGUUUGACAAAUUCGGAGAAGGCGUCAUUAUUACAACUCAUGAUAAACUCAGCCAUUACCUGACUCUUCUUACUCAGCAGAAUCCAAUUGAAAGCCAGUUUCUUGAAAGCCUUGCAGACAACCUAAAUGCAGAGAUUGCUCUUGGAACAGUAACUAACGUGGAAGAAGCAGUAAAGUGGAUAAGUUACACUUAUCUUUACGUUCGGAUGAGAGCAAAUCCAUUAGUAUAUGGCAUCAGCCACAAAGCUUAUCAGAUGGAUCCAGGUCUAGAAAAGCACAGAGAGCAGUUGGUAAUUGAAGUCGGCAGAAAACUGGACAAAGCCCGCAUGAUUCGCUUUGAAGAACGAACUGGCUUUUUCUCUUCAACAGAUUUAGGCAGAACUGCCAGCCACUACUAUAUUAAAUACAAUACUAUAGAGACUUUCAAUGAGCUGUUUGAUGCUCAUAAAACAGAAGGUGAUAUUCUUGCUAUAGUAUCAAAAGCUGAAGAGUUUGAACAGAUAAAGGUAAGAGAAGAAGAAAUAGAAGAGCUGGAUACCUUACUGAGUGAUUUCUGUGAACUUCCUGCUCCAGGAGGUGUGGAAAACAAUUAUGGAAAAAUUAAUAUCCUCCUUCAAACAUACAUUAGCAGAGGGGAGAUAGACAACUUCUCCCUUAUUUCAGAUUCUGCAUAUGUUGCACAGAAUGCAGCUCGUAUUGUUCGAGCUCUUUUUGAGAUUGCCCUCAGGAAACGUUGGCCUGCCAUGACAUAUCGACUUCUGAACCUCAGCAAAGUCAUUGACAAGCGGCUGUGGGGCUGGGUUAGCCCUUUGAGACAGUUCUCAGUGUUACCCCCAUCGGUCCUCUCGAAGCUGGAAGAGAAGAAUCUCACUGUGGACAAGAUGAAGGACAUGAGAAAAGAUGAAAUAGGUCAUAUGCUGCAUCAUGUGAAGAUUGGGUUAAAGGUAAAACAGUGUGUCCAUCAAAUCCCCUCCAUCCUAAUGGAAGCAACGAUUCAGCCAAUUACCCGCACGGUGCUCCGGGUGCGACUGAGCAUCGCUCCUGACUUCACCUGGAACGACCAGGUACAUGGCACUGUUGGAGAGCCGUGGUGGAUCUGGGUAGAAGACCCUACAAAUGAUCACAUUUAUCAUUCAGAGUAUUUCAUCAUUCAAAAAAAACAGGUCAUUACCAAAGAACCUCAACUGCUGGUGUUCACAAUCCCAAUUUUUGAACCUCUUCCAUCUCAAUAUUACAUUCGAGCUGUGUCUGAUAGGUGGUUAGGAGCAGAGGCUGUAUGUAUCAUAAAUUUUCAACAUUUGAUUCUUCCAGAAAGACAUCCACCCCACACAGAGCUUCUGGAUCUUCAGCCUUUGCCUAUCACAGCCUUGGGACAUCGGGAAUAUGAACUCCUGUACAAAUUCACACAUUUCAACCCUAUCCAGACCCAGAUAUUUCAUACACUUUACCACACAGACUGUAAUGUUCUUCUUGGAGCACCUACAGGUUCUGGAAAAACUGUUGCAGCUGAAUUAGCCAUCUUUAGAGUUUUUAACAAGUAUCCCACAUCAAAGGCAGUGUAUAUUGCACCUUUAAAAGCACUUGUUCGGGAAAGAAUUGAGGACUGGAAAGUUAGGAUUGAAGAAAAACUUGGUAAAAAGGUGGUAGAGUUGACAGGAGAUGUGACUCCUGAUAUGAGAGCUAUUGCCCAAGCUGACCUGAUUGUUACUACCCCUGAGAAGUGGGAUGGUGUCAGCAGAAGCUGGCAGAACAGAAGCUAUGUUCAGAAAGUUUCCAUUCUUAUCAUAGAUGAGAUCCAUCUGCUAGGGGAUGAGAGAGGGCCAGUGUUGGAAGUCAUUGUGUCUCGAACCAACUUCAUCUCAUCUCACACAGAGAAACCUGUAAGAGUAGUUGGUUUAUCCACUGCUUUAGCAAAUGCCAGGGACCUUGCUGACUGGCUAAAUAUUAAUCAGAUGGGUCUGUUCAACUUCCGACCAUCGGUCCGCCCAGUUCCCCUGGAGGUGCACAUUCAGGGCUUCCCUGGCCAACAUUACUGUCCUCGCAUGGCUAGCAUGAACAAACCUGCAUUUCAGGCAAUUCGAAGUCAUUCUCCAGCCAAGCCUGUUCUUAUUUUCGUGUCAUCCAGACGUCAGACAAGACUUACUGCCUUAGAUCUGAUCGCUUUCCUAGCCACUGAGGAUGAUCCCAAACAAUGGCUGAAGAUGGAUGAAAGAGAGAUGAAUGACAUUAUAGUGACAGUCAGAGAUUCAAAUCUGAAGCUGACACUUGCUUUUGGAAUAGGAAUGCACCAUGCAGGUCUGCAUGAGAGAGACAGGAAAACUGUAGAAGAAUUGUUUGUGAACUGCAAAAUCCAGGUUCUUAUUGCCACAAGCACAUUAGCUUGGGGUGUAAAUUUUCCAGCUCAUUUAGUAAUUGUUAAAGGAACAGAAUACUAUGAUGGAAAAACAAGGCGUUAUGUGGAUUAUCCCAUUACAGAUGUACUUCAGAUGAUGGGACGUGCUGGUAGACCACAGUUUGAUGACCAAGGAAAAGCUGUAAUUCUAGUUCAUGAUAUUAAGAAAGACUUCUACAAAAAAUUCCUUUAUGAACCUUUCCCAGUGGAAUCAAGCUUGUUAGAAGUGCUGGCUGACCACUUGAAUGCUGAAAUUGCUGCUGGAACUAUUACUUCUAAGCAGGAUGCAAUGGAUUAUAUCACCUGGACUUAUUUCUUCCGUCGACUUAUAAUGAACCCAACUUACUAUAACUUGGAUGAUGUGAGCCAUGACACUAUGAAUAAGUACCUCUCAAGCCUUGUUGAGAAAUCCCUCUUUGAUUUGGAAUGUUCCUACUGCAUUGAAAUUGGGGAGGAUAAUCGCAGCAUUGAACCUCUGACUUACGGCCGCAUUGCUUCCUAUUACUAUUUGAAGCAUCCAACGAUUGGGAUGUUCAAAGAUCAGUUGAAACCUGAAAACAACAUUGAAGAAUUGCUCUUAAUUCUGACAAAUGCUGAGGAGUAUGGAGAUCUGCCUGUGAGACACAAUGAAGAUCAGAUGAAUAGUGAACUGGCAAAACAUCUCCCAAUUGAAGUCAAUCCUCAUUCAUUUGACAGUUCACACACAAAAACACACCUCCUGCUGCAAGCCCACUUCAGCCAUGCCAUGCUGCCCUGUCCAGACUAUGCAACUGAUACAAAGACAGUGCUGGACCAAGCAAUUAGGAUAUGUCAGGCAAUGCUGGAUGUUGCAGCACAUCAUGGCUGGCUGGUGACUGCUCUGAACAUAACCAGUCUAGUGCAGAUGGUGGUUCAGGGUAGAUGGUUACAUGACUCUUCCCUGCUUACUUUGCCCAAUAUAGAGCUACAACACCUUUACCUUUUCCGGAAGUGGAGCCAAGGCAGAAGGAAGAGUGUGCAUGGAGGUUACCAAGGACCUAUCGAGUGUCUUCCCGAGCUAAUGGCUGCCUGUGAAGGAAAAGAGAAUGUUUUUGCUUCCAUCGUGGACAGUGAACUGCAAACAGCACAAAUUUCACAGGCUUGGAAUUUCUUGUGCCGUUUGCCAAUUCUAAACGUCAGCCUGAGCAUUAAGGGCUGUUGGGAAGACCCAGCUCAGCCACAGCACGAAGUGCCUGUUCCCUCUUUGACAACUGACACACGAGAUGACAAAAGAUGGAUCAAAUUACAUGCUGAUCAAGAGUAUGUGCUCCAAAUAAAUUUGCAGAGAACCCAGAUGGGGUAUCAGAAGGGAAAGCAAGACAGCAAAGCAGUGGCUCCUCGAUUCCCCAAAGUUAAAGAUGAAGGAUGGUUUCUGAUAUUGGGAGAAGUUGAUAAAAGAGAACUCAUUGCCUUGAAGAGAACAGGAUAUGUCAGAAAUAAAAAUACUGUUUCUAUUGCUUUUUAUACUCCAGAAACCCCUGGAAAGUGUAUCUACACAUUGUAUCUCAUGAGCGACAGUUACCUUGGCAUGGACCAACAGUAUGAUAUCUACCUGAACAUUAUACCAGCACAAAUGACAUCACAGGUGUCUGAUGCCCUGAGUCACCUGGCUCUGAAGUAA